AUGCCUGAAUCUGCUGUGAUUGUAGAAAAACUGGGCAUGAGUGGAUCUCAUUUCUUGAAUGUAUCGGAUUAUGAGCUGAGCCUAUUCAAAAUUAUGCACCAGCCGAAGCUUCAAAAGAUGGUGCAUGACAUCAAGAAAAAUGAAACUGGGAUAAUAAACAAGUUCAAAAAGUUCCAAAAUGAACAAGUGGCCUUAAUUUGCAAAACUGGGAAAGAUACUUGGGACCGGCUAAAAAAAAGACCCCCACCAAGUUUACCACAAAGGGAUUAUGCUUCAGAACAUGCAGACAAUGAAGAGGAACAAUGGUCAGAUGAUUUUGACAGUGAUUAUGAAAAUCCAGAUGAUCACUCUGACUCUGAGAUGUAUGUGGUCCCCAGUGAAGAGAAUCCUGAUGACAGCUAUGAGCCACCUCCAAGUGAGCAGGAGAAAAAGAAGAUUCCCUCCGCAUUCCCUGUUUCUAGGGGUGAAUACGCAGACAAUCGCACCAGUCACCAGCAGCUUCCUCCCAUCAACAAACCUCUCCCAAUUACGCCAAGUCCAGCCACGUCCAAACCGAAGAAACCAUCCAUGCCAUCCCUGCCAUUGCCCUCUCCUGCUGCAAAACCAAAAGUACCACCAAAGCCUAAGGAGUGUAGUGAUGACGAGGAUAAUUACAUUGUGCCAGUGGACAAUGACGACGAUAACUAUAUUGAACCCACAGAAAGCAGCAUGUCACUACCUACAAGAUCUCCUGUGAGCAGACUUAUGAAGACAACAAAGUCAGCCCCCCCUACUUCUCCAAAGCCUUCUCUUACUUCUGAUACGCAAGAAGUCUACGAGGUUCCUGAAGAAGAGGAAAAACCAUCACCACCACUGGUAACCAGGUUCAGUAAGCCACUUCCGUCUACGCCCACUCAAAAUGUGGAGCGCUCCCACAUGCACAGCAUAACCAGAGAGUCACCUAAGCUGGAUACUUCUAGAAAUAUAUUGCCUCUUCCCAGAAAUCGUCUUCAUCCAAAAGCA